CCACUUUUGUUUUCUUCCACUUCUCAGUGGAACUGCAAGUAAGCCGAGAGAGCGAGCGAGGGAGAGAAAAUGGGGGGAGUGACCUCAUCGAUGGCGGCGAAGCUGGCCUUCUUCCCACCCAGCCCGCCUACUUACGAGCUAGUGAAGGAGUCAGUGACGGGUCUGAUUACGCUUAGCCGGUUCCCACACCGUGAAAAUGUGGAAGUGAUGCAGCUACCGACGCGACGGGGAACAGAGAUCGUUGCAGUCUAUAUUCGUAACCCCAUGGCCUCGUCGACGCUGCUCUACUCUCACGGAAACGCCGCCGAUCUCGGCCGGUAUGAUUAUUCUGGCUAUGGCCAAUCGUCUGGAAAGCCAAGUGAGCACAAUACGUAUGCUGAUAUUGAGGCUGUUUACAAGUGUCUUACUGAAAACUAUGGCGCAAAAGAUGAAAGCAUUAUUAUGUAUGGGCAAUCUGUUGGCAGUGGGCCUACUCUUGAUCUGGCGGCACGCCUUCCCUCCUUACGAGCUGUUGUUCUACAUAGUCCCAUUUUAUCUGGUUUAAGAGUUAUGUAUCCUGUAAAACGAACAUACUGGUUUGACAUCUACAAGAAUAUUGACAAGAUGCCGUUAGUCAAUUGUCCUGUGCUCGUAAUACAUGGAACAGCGGAUGAUGUUGUCGAUUGUUCUCACGGCAAACAGCUGUGGGAGCUGUGCAAGGAGAAGUAUGAUCCAUUAUGGCUUAAAGGAGGAAAACACUGUGACUUGGAGCUCUUCCCUGAUUACAUCAAACAUCUAAAAAAAUUUAUAUCAACUGUAGAGAAAUCAUCUAUUAAAAAACACGCCUUUAGAAGAAGCACUGACCAGUUUGAGCCUGCGAGGAACAGCACGGACUGUUUCGAAGCAUCAAGGAAGAGCACUGACCGCUGGGACAAAUUUAGAAGCGGUGAUAACAAGUCUAGCAGUAAGGAAAAACACGAAAAGUUCAAGUUCUCGUUUGAUCACAUGGAGAAGUCCAGGAGGAGCGUAGAUUGCCUUGAAAGAACCAGAAGAAAUAGCGAACAGAUUGAGAAUACUAGUAAAAGUGUUGAUCGAUUGGACAGAAUAUGGGCAGGGUAAAUCUUCUCCCCUCUUUGUAAAAUAUGCACGAGCUUGGUUUGUGUUGGGAAAUUUAUUUGCAUUUUAAUUUACAUGUUCAUGCCAUGAUUGUGUGUAUGUAAGAGUUUCAUAAUAGUUUUGGAACAAGAACGUACAGGUUGACAGUAGUUAGUAAAUUCAAUAUCAGUGAUUACCAUUCUUGUUGGCAGGCCUUCAAAUUUAUGUUUAUGU